UUGUGUACAAUAUAUCCACUGAUGUGCUACGAGCUAUGUACACGGCGGCGUCUACGUAAAUGACAGUCUUAUCUGGUUAACACCAAGCGCCAUCAUUGGCAUAGAACAGUGCACUGUAUGUAUAGUUGUAUACAUGUGUGUCUAUAUGGGAUUGUCUGAGGAGCGGAAAAACGAGUCCGCUAACGCUUCAAUCCACAUUUCCUGUCAACUCCUCCUCUUCUGGCGUAGAUGUACAGUUUCCUUAGCGUCUUUUCUCUCUGUUGAACAACGUCCAGUGUAGUCAGUGGCAAAGAAACAGUGUGUGGCCGUGGUGAGAUAGCGACGGGAUUUUUAUAACCCUAAUUCCGAUGUUCUUUAGGAUACAACGGUUGUCGUCGUCGUCCAUUAUGUGAUCGGUAUAUUACAGCGGACUAGUGUGAACUUGGUGUUGUUUUUCCAUCGUGCCGGGACAUCCAAGAAUGGACUGGUAAUAGAAUUUUCCCCUUUUGGUGGCCGUUUAGGCGGAUUGAAUAAAUCACACGGGUGUAUAUGUAAUCGAUGACCCCGGUGUAAUAUCUAUCUGCCGAUUGAAUUAUCACCAGUUGCAAUUGUCGGAUUAUACAAGAACGGGGUAAACCUCCAUAUCGGCAGAUGGAGACCAUUAUCGCGGAGAAAAUGAAAACAACUUGGGAUUUUUUUAAUUAUGACUAUGCGACUAGUACCGGCUUUCUGAAUUUCACGGAUUUACUGAAUAACUUUUCCUCCACAUUACCGUAUAAUUAUUCUAUGCUGCCGGUCAAUCUCAGUCCGGAGGAUUUUCAGAAACGGGUAAUGGUCUAUCUAGAGGAUGAACUUCUCGGUCCACAGCGCAGCGCCACACCCGUCCUGAUCCCAAUGUGUUUUUUCUACGUUCUGAUCUUUAUUACGGGUAUCGUGGGGAAUAGUGUGACCAUCUGGGUGAUCAGCCGGAAUCCGCGGAUGCACACGGGUGGGACCAAUUAUUAUCUGAUCAACUUGGCCAUAUCGGAUUUAAUAUCGCUUAUCCUGGGACUUCCGUUUGAAGUCUACCAACUCUUUGAAGAGUAUCCUUAUCCGUUUGCUGAGCAAUUUUGCCAGGCACGUGCCUGGGUGUCGGAAGCAUCAACCUUAUCAAGUGUUUUUACCAUUCUGGCAUUUACCGUCGAAAGAUACAUUGCCAUAUGCCAUCCGUUUAAAAAUAUUCAUUUCCGGACGAAAUCAUCGCGUGUCAUAUUGACGAUAAUUGUUUCAUGGAUCUUGGCAUUUACCGCAGCAGGACCAAUGGGCUUAGAAUUCGGUAUCAUGUUGUUCCCUUAUCCGCUCUCCGCGGACUGGGCCAGUCAUCUGGAUCCCACCGGCGUGCCCGGUGGUCAGUUGCUCAUCCCGGAGUCGGCGGUGUGUACGGCGCGUGCGGAGGGCCCCAUGGCCAUCCUCAUACAGUUCAGUACGUUCGCGUUCUUCUUCCUGCCCAUGUUCGUCAUCAUCGCGCUGCAUGUGAUUAUUGCCGUCCAUCUGCGCCGGUCGGCCUAUUUGACGGCACGCGAGAGCGCCGGCCCGGAGGUGUACAGCCAGUACACAGCGGGCAAUGGGAUGGCGCAUGUCAAUAGUGGCGGCGGUGGAGGUGGGGGACUGCAGCCGUCCAGUCAAAUGUCACAGGGACGCCAGUCGGUGCUGCGCAUGCUCGUGGCGGUGGCAUUAGCCUUUUUUGUUUGUUAUGCGCCACACCAUGCCCAACGCAUGCAUGCUGUGUACGAGAAAAACUGGAACAGCGAUAACAUGCACGUCCAUCGCGCGUUAACUUAUAUAUCCGGUGUUUUUUAUUAUGGAGCAUCCACGGUUAAUCCAUUUUUAUACUCUAUCCUGUCCGCUCGCUUUCGCAAAGCUUACCGCUCUACACUGUGCUAUUGCUUCUUCCGGCGCCACGAACAUUUCCAACGGGAGAACUUCUCCGCCCAUUCCUUCAACUCGCAGGCCUGCAGUCUGCGCUACCGUCCAUCAACGUCCAACGAUGAGCUAACUUAUCUGGGCACACGGCAGAACAGUCUCGACAAGAAUGGUCUGGGCCGGGUAUGCAGCCGAAAUGCCUCCAAUGGGACGAUUAUGCCUAUGCCGGUUCCCAUGAAUCUCCUGUGGACGGCGCCCAAAUACCUGGUACCGGUACCCACCGCCGUUGGGGAAAAACUGGUGAUUUAUUAUCCGAAAAAGAAGAAGACGAAGCGCUCCAAAGGGAAGAAAAGUAAAAAGCCCCGAGCAAAGCCGGUUAAAGCUGCACCGGCACAGGAUGAUGCGUCUAGCAUUAGUGGGAGCAGUUUACAGGAGAACCAUAUCGAUCCGGAACAAGUUAGUGAUUUCCUUAUGAAUGGCGCCCCGACAAUGGGCCGGUCGGUAACCACACCCCGCCUCAUUGUACAUCCGCCCAGCAGCAGCGGAAGCGCGAAAUCGGAGUGCUGAGACCGCGAGCGUGUACUACCAGAGUAUUAUUUAGUUUUUUAGGCCCGGUCUUUCUUUUCCAUCACACCAUACACAAGCGGAAGUCAUGGCAUUGAUUCCCCUUCUGACUUUGUCUUGUGUACCUCAAGAUCAUUCCCGGCGUGCGCGGCACACCCCCUGGGUGGGAGAGAGUGAGGGACGAUGCCGACGAUUGUCGCAUAUAUAUGCCUCUAUCUCAGCGUUUCCCCUACAUAAAAGGCUCAAAGAAAUAUUGGCAAAAUGGUGAUUGUUAUUCCGUGCAGUUAUUAAGCAUGAAUCACCUUUCUCUUUUUUUAUAAUGGAUCUUUCAUUAGAGAGGUUGUUACUGGCAUACAUGUACAGUGUAUUGCUGGGAUGUACAGAUUUAUUUAUAAACACACUCGGUGUGUAUACAAAUUCUGUGAGAAUAUUGUAUUAAGAGAUUUUUAGCAAUCGAUAUUUCACAGAGAAGUGAGA